AUCACAAUAAAAUUUUAAUGGGUAUUUCAAGAUUACGUACUUCUAUUAAUUUGAAUAGCAGACCCGGAAAUACAUGCGAAUAAUGUGAAUAUUGGGAACUGAUGUUUGUGUCACAUGAUAGCUCACUAGUGGAUUUGCAGUGAAAAAUCACUAUCGUGGGCACCGGUUUUAUCGACUUAUAUCCGACUUUUAAAACUUUUUUAAGCGUUCGUUCAACUUUUUAGUUCUUUUUUUCCCUCACAUCAAACACGCUUAUCCGCCGUUUCUAUGUUGUUAGCGAGGAAACGUUUUUUUUCCAAAUCGGCGUGACCAGAACAUCGCACUGAUUAACUUUCCUGAAUGAAAAUUUAUAGCGGUGCCGUUCGCCACAAAAUCUUUGGGAUACACAGAAAAAGGAGCGGGUAAAGCACGAGAUAGUGACGCUCGUUUAGUUUCAAGAUGACAGAACGCACCCCUCUUCUCCACUACCGCCUGUCCACCAGCGUCAAUGAAUCCCAUCUGCGGGCUUCUCCGACCGGCCAGAUGCCGGAGGAGCAUACGGUCAGCCCCCGCCACCGGUUCUCCCACUCGAAUCAACCGAAGAAAUUGUCCACCUUCUUCGGUGUGGUCAUCCCGACCUUGCUGUCAAUGUUCAGCGUGGUUGUAUUUCUGAGAAUCGGUUUCUUGGUUGGCCAGUCUGGACUGUACCAAGGAAUCACCAUGUUUAUUGUGGCCUACUUCAUAAUCUGCAUGACUGUUUUGUCAGUAUGUGCCAUCUCCACCAAUGGAGCCCUAGAUGCUGGGGGGGCUUAUUACAUGAUCAGCCGAGCAUUGGGUCCAGAAUUCGGUGGUAGUAUCGGAAUCAUGUUCUUCUUGGCAAAUGUGUGCGCUUGUGCUCUUUAUGUGCUGGGUUUAGUUGAAGCUGUUCUUGCCACCUUUGGAGUGCCAGAGGAUGGAGCACUAGCCUCAUCUUACCAGGUUUUGCCAUCAGGCUAUUGGUGGUCCCUGCUCUACGCUACAGCCAUCGCCCUUCUUUGUUUGGUUGUGUGCAUGGUCGGUGCACACAUCUAUGCCAAGGCCGCAUUCCUCAUCUUCUUAGUGGUCAUGUUUGUCCUCGGGACAAUCUUCAUCAGCUUCUUUGCUGUACAGCCUCACACCAUCAUUCUGCCCAGUUCUGCCAACUCCAUCCCUUCUGUAAAUAGAACAGGUCCCACCACAGCAAACUUCACUGGCUUCAAGUUGGACACCCUUCUAGGGAACCUAUGGGCCGACUACACUGUGGACUACACAACAGGAAAUCUGAUGACGUUUGCUACUGUUUUUGCUGUGAUGUUUAAUGGUUGCACCGGCAUCAUGGCGGGGUCCAACAUGUCAGGUGACCUCAAGAAUCCAAGCUACUCUAUUCCACGUGGUACUAUCACUGCUGUCAUCUUCACUUUCAUCAUCUACAACCUUCUCAGCAUCCUUGUGGCAUGCUCCUGUGACCGGGUCCUCCUUCAAAAGGAUUACAGUUUCCUGAGAGACAUCAACAUCUGGAACCCCUUUGUCACCAUUGGAGUUUACUCCUCCACACUUUCAGCAGCCAUGAGCAACCUCAUUGGAGCCUCACGCAUCCUCUAUGCAUUGGCCAGGGAUGACUUGUUUGGUAAGGUUUUGUCUCCUGCCAAGAAGACCUCCAAUAGUGGCAACCCCUGGGUUUCUGUGCUUAUUUCCUGGUUCCUUGUACAACUGGUGCUGUUUUCUGGGAAGCUCAACACCAUUGCCAGUAUUGUGACCAUUUUCUUUCUGUUGGUUUAUGCUGCUGUGGACUUGGCAUGCCUCGCUCUGGAAUGGGCCUCUGCACCCAAUUUCAGGCCCACAUUUCGUUACUUCACAUGGCAUACGUGUGUGUUGGGCAUCGUAGGCUGUGCUGUCAUGAUGUUUCUCAUCAACUCAAUCUAUGCCUCGGCCAGCAUCGCUUUCAUGUUGCUGCUGCUUCUGCUGAUUCACUACCUCAGUCCAACCUCCAGCUGGGGCUACAUCAGCCAGGCUCUCAUUUUCCACCAGGUACGCAAGUAUUUGCUGAUGCUGGAUGUGAGGAAGGAUCAUGUUAAAUUCUGGAGGCCUCAGAUUCUGCUGAUGGUCUCCAACCCUCGCAGCAGUGUAGGCCUCAUCACCUUCAUCAAUGAUAUUAAAAAGAGUGGACUCUACGUACUGGGGCAUGUCCAACUUGGAGAUCUCAGCACAUUACCCUCUGACCCUCUACAAUCCCAGUAUGCCUCCUGGCUGUCCCUGGUAGACCAUCUCAAUAUCAAGGCCUUUGUGAACCUGACGCUGUCUGAUUCAGUGCGCCAUGGAAUCCAACACCUUCUGUUCAUCUCUGGACUCGGUGGAAUGCGUCCCAACACCCUUGUCUUGGGUUUUUAUGAUGACAGCCUCCCAAAGGACAAGCUUUCUAAAAAUCAGUCCAUAGAAUUUCCAUGCCCCACUCAAGAUAUUGAGCAGCGUUCAAGUGUGUUCCAUUUUGCUUCCCUUCGGGAUGCAAAUGAUGACGUACAUGAUGGGAAGAUUUUGGGGCCCCGGGAGUAUGUCGCCAUCAUUGCAGAUGCAAUGAAAAUGCUGAAGAAUGUGGUUUUGGCGCGUUAUUUUAACAGUUUUGACCGGGCUCAGGCUCUGUCAGUGGCCUCCCCCUCUCCAGGGAAGAGUUUUGUGUAUGUUGACGUUUGGCCAGUCAACCUUCUGCGUCCAGACAGCACAAGUUACGUGGAUACUUGCUCACUGUUCUUGCUGCAGCUAGCUUGCAUCCUCAAUAUGGUGCGAGCCUGGCGCAAAGCUACGUUACGUCUCUUCCUUUGCGUGGAAGAGGGACGUAGUGUGACAGGUUUGGAAGAGAAGCUUGGACAGCUUCUAAAAGAGUUAAGAAUUAAAGCUCAAAUCUACCCUGUGGCCUGGGACCAGCAAGUGGCACUACAUUGGCAGCGCCAAGGUGAAUGGGACAACAGGCACUCCUCACAUUCCUCCAAUACCAUCAAGGAAGAGAAGAAAUUGGGAAAAGACGAAGAGGAGGAUGAAGAGGAUUACGCUAACAGCUUCCCGAGCAACACGACGCGGUUGUCUGAUGAUUACCUGUCAGCCGUCAAUCAGCUUAUUCUAGACCAGGGCCGGCCUUCACCUGCAGUGCGUUUCCUGUACUUGCCGCGCCCGCCGGCUGACACCCGUCGCUACAGGUCUUACUUGCACCAGCUGGAGCUGCUGACUCAUAACCUGGGGCCCACUUUGCUCAUUCACGGUGUGACGCCUGUCAUCACCACUGAUAUUUGAAAACUCCCCUCUAUGAUUUGUGUGUUCCUAAUGGCUACUGAAAUUGUUGUCUAUAACUGACUUUUUUCUCAACAUCAGACUGGACAAACAGCCCUUGAAAUCUGAGCAACAACUGAGCAUGUUAAUAUGGACCAAUCGAUAUUUUGUGUUUUUUUUAACUUCAUGAACACUGCAAUAGCUGGUGAAAGACAAGCCGGAUGUGGCCCACAGUCAGUGCUAUAGGAUAUCUUAUUCAUUGGAAUGUUUUAAAUAAAGGUAAAAGUAUUGAUAAUAAUUUUCAGUAGUCAUGUGAAGGAUGGCACAGAGACAGUCUAAAAAGAGAACAAUGGCGAACAAUGGGUAUGUAUCAAAUGAGUAUGAAAUGAGCCAAGAGAAGUUACAUGGGAAUAUGUCCUCUCAUCAAGAUGGGGAACUCACAUCUUUUCCCUCAUCUCAUUCCAUCCCACACUAGUGAGAGGUUUCCACUGGCCGAUGCAGUCUGAGCUGAAUUUGAAGUGUCCUCUGGCUUCCCUUGGCCUGUUUUUUUUUUUUUCCAUUUUUAGAGAGGGGCAGAGAUGGGUCGCCUGUCAAUUUUCUUAAAAUGAUCAUUCCAUACGCCUUCAGAUCAAAAAGUGUUGGGCAUGUUAGCGAUCUAAUGUGUGGAACUAGUCCAGCCUGAAAAUGAAGUCUGGCUUUUAAUUUUCAUAGCAGGUACACUCAAGAGUACACUCACUUUCCAUUUUAUAGUGAUGGGAAAGGUUUUUUUUUCCCCGUUUCUCCAGCAAACUACACUGCUCACAAUGUUUACAGCUGUUGUGAUUCUCUUCAUAAGUUUUCGAAUUGUUUUUCCUCAUUAGUACUGCCCAAUCAGUUUGGAUAAUUACGUGUCAAAAUAAAAUGCAAUACAAUUCUUGUCCUUUUACCACAGUUUUAUUUGUGCAGCUCCGAUUUAAGCACUAUUUCUGAGAUCUUAAGACUCCUUGUUAGCCAGUGUUUGCCAUAAAAAACAUUCGCAAUUAAAUGUAAUUUAUGUUUAAUCAGUUGAUCCUAAAAUCCUGAUAUGCUUAAUUGGUUGUUGAUAUAUGAGUUGAGAUAUUUGUAGCACUUCGGGAGCAUUUGGAUCCUUUUGAUUUCAAUCGGUACGCCUCAACACUCCUCAGUACAUAAACAUGUUAUACAUUUCUUGAUAUAAUUGCGCAUGAUGUACAUGUUUAUUUAUGCAUUUAUUUAAAUGAGUGGUAUGAUCAAUGAGAAUUUCUUGUUAAAUUUGUGCUCAAAGAAAUGUAACCUAUGAUGAAAAAUAAAGACUUAUUACAUCUCAUUAAUUUCUUGCUUUAUGGCAU